AUGCAUCUCAUCAACACACUCAUUCUCGGUGCCGGUGCUGUCUCGGUGGCCAGCGCAGCCACCACGCCUCAAUACCUCACCCUCGGCACUUUAAACUCAAACACACCCAGCGGCAUCAAGACACCCGCCUACUCGACCAUCACCUUCCCCAUCACCGACUCCAAGACCAAAGCCUCCACCACCUGCACCCUCCAAUGGGACUGGACCAAGAAACCCACUACCUCAUGGACAGCCUGCAAGGACACUGCCUUUUCCGUCAAAGUCUCAAACUACAAGACCAUGACGGAUUUCAAGCUGGACUUGCAGCAUCAGUACAACACAAAGACUGGCAAGAAGUGUGUCAACCCUAAUGGUACCGGGUGUACUACUACUCUGGCUUCGACUACGGUUUCGAAGUCUGCAGUCAGCUUCCAGAGUUAUUGUGGUGCUUCGGGGGCAUGUGGUGCUGUUGGAAAAAAGGGUCUGCAGGUUGCUGUGUCGUCAUCCAAGACUGGUACUCAGAAGUAG